GCCUCCACGACGGGGCUGGGGGGUGGAUAUAUAAGAGAAGUCGGGGCCGGCUCGGGCCCAUACUUGACCAACGGACUGACGGGAGACCAUUGAGAGUGCUGAGACUUUUUGCAAACCAGCCGUGCGAGGUUGUUCACUCUUCCUCCGAGUUAACUCCAUCGAAGGAAUCUUGUCGGGAGAGCGGAGGGCGAACGGAAGCGCAGAUAAGCAGGAGGGCGGGCGGACCUAGAGACAGGAUGAGGCGCUCGCUCGUGGCGGCCGCUCUGCUGCUCCUGGUGGCCAUGGGGGCUCGGGCUGACGAAGACGACAAGAAGGAGGACGUGGGCACGGUGGUGGGCAUCGAUCUGGGCACCACUUACUCGUGUGUUGGCGUGUUUAAGAAUGGUCGAGUGGAAAUUAUUGCCAAUGAUCAGGGCAACCGAAUCACACCUUCCUAUGUGGCUUUCACCCCAGAAGGAGAGCGGCUCAUUGGUGAUGCCGCCAAAAACCAGCUUACCUCAAACCCCGAGAACACAGUCUUUGACGCUAAGCGGCUGAUUGGCCGAACGUGGAAUGACCCUUCAGUGCAGCAGGACAUUAAAUACCUGCCUUUCAAGGUGGUUGAAAAGAAGACCAAACCAUACAUUCAGGUAGAUGUUGGAGGUGGACAAACAAAGACAUUUGCUCCUGAAGAAAUUUCUGCUAUGGUCCUGACUAAGAUGAAGGAAACAGCUGAGGCAUAUCUAGGCAAAAAGGUUACUCAUGCAGUUGUUACCGUUCCUGCCUAUUUCAAUGAUGCCCAGCGUCAAGCAACCAAAGAUGCUGGUACUAUUGCUGGUCUUAAUGUCAUGAGGAUAAUCAAUGAACCUACUGCAGCUGCUAUUGCCUACGGCCUAGACAAGAGGGAGGGAGAAAAGAACAUCCUUGUGUUUGAUCUGGGUGGUGGCACCUUUGAUGUGUCCUUGCUCACCAUUGACAAUGGAGUGUUUGAAGUGGUGGCCACAAAUGGUGACACUCAUUUGGGUGGAGAAGACUUCGAUCAGCGAGUCAUGGAGCACUUUAUUAAGUUGUACAAAAAGAAAACUGGAAAAGAUGUGAGGAAAGACAACAGAGCUGUGCAGAAACUUCGAAGGGAAGUUGAAAAGGCUAAACGGGCCUUGUCCUCUCAACAUCAGGCUAGAAUUGAAAUUGAAUCUUUCUUUGAAGGUGAAGAUUUCUCUGAGACACUCACUCGUGCUAAGUUUGAAGAACUAAACAUGGAUUUGUUCCGGUCUACAAUGAAGCCUGUCCAGAAAGUACUAGAGGAUUCAGACUUGAAGAAGUCUGAUAUUGAUGAAAUUGUUCUUGUUGGGGGCUCUACUCGGAUCCCUAAAAUACAACUAUUGGUGAAAGAGUUCUUCAAUGGCAAAGAGCCUUCCCGGGGUAUUAAUCCAGAUGAAGCUGUUGCUUAUGGUGCUGCUGUCCAGGCUGGUGUAUUGUCUGGUGAUCAAGAUACUGGUGAUCUGGUGCUUCUUGAUGUGUGUCCCCUUACACUUGGCAUUGAAACUGUUGGUGGUGUCAUGACCAAAUUAAUCCCAAGAAAUACUGUUGUGCCCACCAAGAAAUCUCAGAUCUUUUCUACUGCUUCUGAUAAUCAGCCAACUGUCACUAUCAAAGUCUAUGAAGGUGAGCGACCUCUGACCAAGGAUAAUCACCUCCUGGGAACAUUUGACUUGACGGGAAUUCCUCCUGCUCCUCGAGGGGUCCCUCAGAUUGAAGUCACCUUUGAAAUAGAUGUGAAUGGUAUUCUUCGGGUCACCGCUGAAGACAAGGGCACCGGGAACAAGAAUAAGAUCACAAUCACCAAUGACCAAAACCGUCUUACACCAGAAGAGAUUGAGAGGAUGGUAAACGAUGCUGAGAAGUUUGCUGAGGAGGACAAGAAGCUUAAAGAACGUAUUGAUAGCCGAAAUGAGCUGGAGAGUUAUGCCUAUUCACUAAAGAACCAGAUUGGUGAUAAGGAAAAGCUGGGUGGAAAGCUCUCCUCUGAAGACAAGGAGAUUGUAGAAAAAGCAGUGGAAGAAAAAAUUGAGUGGCUUGAGAGUCACCAAGAUGCAGAAAUUGAAGAUUUCAAAGCAAAAAAGAAGGAACUUGAAGAGAUUGUCCAGCCUAUUGUUAGUAAGCUAUAUGGUGGUGCAGGCCCUCCCCCAGGGAGCGAAGAAACGGGAGAAAAAGAUGAGUUGUAGACACCACUUGUGUGUGUUGUAAUAUUGUAAAUACUGGACUCAGGAACUUUUUGUUAGGAGAAAAUGGAGAGAACUCAAUCUCGAAUGUAAUUGGAAUCUUCACUAUGGAGUGGAGUUGAAAAUGCUAUAAGCCCAAGUGGCUGUUUGCUGCUUUUGUUAGCAGUUACUCUUGGGGGGGGUUGGGUGGUGGGAGGGGGGAAUGGUUGGAAGGGGAUUAGAAUUGGCUUAAAGUGGGGAGGGGGAAAGAAAUCUGGGUUGGCAAAUGUGUUCACCUUGCAAAUGUUAUAUUUAACAAUUGGGUCAUGUGCAUUUUGGUGUAGAACUUUUUUUCUACCAUUAAGUGAUACCAAUAAAUGUUUGUUAUUUACA